AAACUGGCAAAGUCUACUAUUCAGCGCAUUUAGUCGCGCUACAGUCUGCAUAUGCUGGAAACCACCAGUGGAUGUGUGCUCAAUAAAUAACAAAGUUCUAGCAGUAAGCAGUCUGGCUGUGCCUGACAUUUUGUCCGCAAGUAGCAGUGACCAAGAGGAGCCUGAAUGAGUAGUUGGGCGGAAUAUAUGCCUAGUUGCGGAAUAACUACCAUACCGCAAAGCGGUAGGUCUGAUUUCAGCCUUGGAACCGCAGCAUGAAAAUGGACGAUCGCUUUGGUGGUUAGUGGCCCGACCUUACUUCAAUGCUCAGGACCACUGCAGCUGUCUAUUUAUUUUCUGAACCUCCGAAAUUAUUUCUCUCAGUUUCUUCCAGCAACUGCUACUACCUAUUUUGCGGCAUGCCUUCGCUCGCUCAGAAUCUGCCUACGCUUAUCCUCGAGAGGAUUGUAGAUGUGUACGUCGGCGAUAUCAUUCCCGAUGAUCCCACCAUUGGUGCUUGCUUCUGCAAACCCUAUAUUCGCAUCGCUGUCCUACUUGCUACCUGCCGUUGGUGGCGAGAGGCUGCACUAGAUAAGCUUUACAAAGGCAACUAGUGGUGUGGCAUGGAUGAUUAUUGUCAUCGUGAGAUGAUCGAUUGCUGUGAGCGCCCACUGACAUGCGAACUGAAGGGGCAAAUGUCUGCUGGGGAUAUCAUGCGCGUGAAGAAAUUAGAGCUCCAUUGGAAUAUUAGCG